AGAGAAGACAACAGCCCGUUUCCAUUUCCAUUUCCAUGGCGGAACAAACUAAUAAUAAUCAGACCACCACCUCUACCACCUCCACCGUCGACCCCCACAACGGCUUCUGCUCCCGCACCAAGAUCUUCCACAGCCUCCGCCCCGCUGUCCCCCUCCCCCCUCUCUCUCAGCCCCUCUCCCUCACCCUCUUUGCUUCCUCCCUCCUCCCUCCCUCCUCCUCCUCCACCACCACUACCUUCGCCUUCAACGCCUCCACCGGCCUCUCCCUCACCUACCCCCAGCUCCUCCACCAGAUCCAUUCCCUCUCCCUCUCCCUCUCCAGCUCCCAGCGCUUCUCCCUCUCCAAGGGCGAUGUCGCCUUCAUCCUCUCCCCUCCUUCCCUCCAUGUCCCCGUCCUCUACUUCUCCCUCAUGUCCCUCGGCGUCGUCAUCUCCCCCGCCAACCCCCUCAGCUCUCCCUCCGAGCUCGCUCACCAGGUCCGCCUCUCUCGUCCAGUCAUCGCCUUCGCCACCUCCGAUUCCGCCCACAAGCUCCCCAAACUCCCCCACGGCACUGUCCUCCUCGACUCUCCCGAGUUCAGCUCCAUGCUGGUGUCGUCUCAGCGGUCCACGGCGUCCCUCCUGGAAUUGGAAGAAAUUACUAUGGGAAACCCGAAUCGGGUCAAUCAGUCCGACCCGGCUGCGAUCCUGUACUCCUCUGGUACGACCGGGCGGGUCAAGGGAGUCCUGCUCACUCAUCGUAACCUGAUCGCUCUCCUCGCCGGCCUCUACCACCUCCGGACCCUCCCCGGUCAGGGCCAGAGCGAACAACCUUUACCCGAUGAGGAGCCGCACCCGGUAUCCUUCUUCACGCUGCCUCUGUUCCACGUGUUUGGGUUCUUCAUGCUCAUCAGGGCUUUCGCGUUCGGGGAGACCCUGGUCCUGAUGGAGAAGUUCGACUUCACUGGGAUGCUCAAGGCAAUCGAGAAGUACAGGGUCACGUACAUGCCGGUGUCGCCGCCGCUCAUAGUGGCGCUGGUCAAGUCGGAGGCCACCGCAAAGUACGACCUGAGCUCGUUGACGAUGCUUGGUUGCGGAGGCGCUCCGCUCGGGAAGGAAGUCGCCGACCAGUUCAAGAAGAAAUUCCCCAACGUGGAGAUCGUGCAGGGAUAUGGAAUGACUGAGACCACAGGAGGGGCAACGAGGACCGUAGGACCGGAAGAAAUUGCACGCCGUGGUUCUGUUGGCCGCCUUGCUGAAAAUAUGGAGGCUAAGAUUGUUGAUCCAGUCACUGGCGAUGCCCUGGGACCUGGUCAGAGAGGAGAGCUGUGGUUGCGGGGCCCAACGAUCAUGAAAGGUUAUGUCGGAGAUGAUAAGGCAACUACUGAAACCCUCGACGUGGAUGGCUGGUUGAGGACCGGCGACCUGUGCUAUUUUGACUCCGAAGGAUUUCUUUACAUCGUAGAUCGAUUGAAGGAGUUGAUAAAAUAUAAGGCGUAUCAGGUUCCCCCUGCUGAGUUGGAGCAUGUACUUCACUCUCAUCCCGAAAUUGCAGAUGCUGCUGUUAUUCCGUAUCCUGAUGAAGAAGCAGGGGAGAUUCCGAUGGCCUUUGUUGUGAGAAAACUGGGAAGUAGAACUUCGGAGUUGCAAGUCAUGGAUUUUGUUUCUAAACAGGUUGCUCCAUACAAGAAGAUAAGGCGGGUGGCAUUCAUCAGCAGCAUCCCCAAAUCUCCAGCAGGGAAAAUACUGAGGAGGGAGUUGAUCAACCACGCUACCUCUGCUUUGCCUAGCAGGCUAUAGUAGUAGUGAAUUUUCUGGGCCCCGAAAAUUCUAUCGGUUGCUUACCGCAGAUAACUUAAAUCACUUCGAUCGCGCAUCUGUAUUCCUAGAGGACAUUUUGUAUAAAUUUCAUGUUUGUUGUUCUUAGUA